AUGGUGAGUUGGAAUGUGAGGGGCAUUAACAAGGUAGCUAGGAAUAAAGAGGUUAGCUCCUACCUCCAUUCUUUUAAUGUUCCUAUAGUGGCUUUACUAGAGACUAGAGUUAAAAUGCAUAAUGCUAAGAAAGUAAGGAAUAAAAUAGGUGGCAGUUGGAAUUAUAUGGACAAUUAUGAUAGACAUGAGAAUGGGAGAAUCUGGUUGUUAUGGGACCACAGGGAAGUGAAUCUGAAACUUAUUCAAACUGAUGAGCAAUUCAUUCAUGUGGAAUUAUACUCCUUGGAUCAAUCUCUUAAGUUUGUAGCUUUGGUGAUUUAUGCUUUUAAUCAACUGGAUAGAAGGAAGGAGUUGUGGAACAAAAUUGAGGACAUUGGUAGAAAUCUGAAUGGGCCUUGGAUUGUGAUUGGUGAUUUUAAUAAUGUUCUGGAUAGUCAGGAUAGAAUUGGUGGUAAUAAUGUUGUUGAGACCAAAGUUAGGGACCUUAAAACCAUGAUGUCAAAUAUGGGAUUGUUUGAAGCUGAUAUGAAAGGGAACCAUUACACUUGGUCGAAUAAGCAUGUUGUUGAUGUGAUUUACUCUCGGAUUGACAGAGUUAUUGGUAAUGUUGAUUGGUUUCAGAAGUAUCAAGAUGCCUCUUAUGAAGUUUUAGAUCCUAAUAUUUCAGACCACUCUCCUAUCAAAAUUGGCCUGCAGAUUCAAAAGCCUAGAAGAGUUUACUUGUUUAGAUUUAUCAACUGUAUCAGUAAGGAUCCAUCUUUUAUGCAGUUGGUUGCUAGUAGCUGGCAUGUGGAAUCUAGAGGGACUUCUAUGGAAAAACUUUGGUACAAGCUUAAAAGGCUCCAAAUUGUUUUAAGACCUCUGUCUAGACAGUUCACCAAUAUGCAAAAUCAAAUCCAGCAAGUUAGGCAGGAGUUACAUCAGGUCCAAAAUUUACUGCAACAUAAUCCUUUUGAUAAUUUGCUGUUGAAGGAAGUGAAGCAGAAGACAUUCUGA